AUCGUUUGUUGAAUUAUCUAAACGUGUGGGGGAUAGUAGACUAUAUUUGUUCUCUUAGUGUAAAAAUUUGAAUGAUCAUCGAUUUUUGGUUCUGUGGUAGUAAUAAAUAAGUUAAUUAACCUGGCCGUGAUUGUCGGCAUUUUAUUUGUAACCGUGCGCACUGCGCAGGCCUAAACUUUAGGCAAACACCUGAAAUUAACUGUGUAAAACGUAAAAAACAAGGAAGAAACAAAAAGAGAGGGGCGUUCCGAGAAUCGAACUCGGGACCUCUCGCACCCAAAGCGAGAAUCAUACCACUAGACCAAACGCCCUCGUUGUUAGUUUUUUCGAAUAUAUAGUAUGUAACCAAUCCACUCGUGACUCCUUAAAAUCGCUGCUUCAUUGCUAGAAGCCGCCUUCUCCGAUCAUUCGAAGAACAAUGUCCGACGAAACAAAACCCGCGUCCGGCGACUCAUCCGGUUUGCUCAACGGCCUCCUAACCGGUGGAGCCGAAAAACCACAGAGAGUCAACGAAGCAGCUCGAUCUCUAGAUCCCAGUGCUGUGAAAGAUCUGCUAUCUCUCGGGGUCUGCGAGAGAUGUAUUCUCCGAUUAAUAACCGUCGCGACUUUCGAUUCCGAUUUGGCGACAGUGUCGUCAUCAACUCUUCGGGGCUGGCUAGGCUCUGGAGAAGAGGAAGCUGCGUCACCGGAGAUGAGCAUCUGCAUUGUUUGUUUAGGUGUAUUGCAGUUCGUUUUCUCCGAUGACAAACAAACGCUGGUGAAAAUGAAAUCGGAUUGUGGUAGUGGUCACGCCGCAUGGAUCACGGACUUGGUGAAGCAGCAAGGUCAUGAGUUCGAUUCCUUCUGUCUCGAAGUCUCUUUGCCUUCCACUAUCUCGGAGAAUGAGCGUGCAGUCUUGUUAUACCUUAAAGGAAAGUAUAGCAACGAAGCUUGGCUGCAGAGUGAAAAAGUUUCUGUGAAGGAUGCUUUGAAAGUUCUAGUCUUGGAUCCACUUAGAGCAUCUUUGUCUUUGCAGGGGGCUAAAUCUGAUUCAAGCUCUUUUCACAUCCGUUUGACAUACUCCAAGGCAUCUGAUGACGCUCAAGGCUUGUCUGAGACAACGCAUGAGAGAAAGAAGAGGAAAACAGAUGUUGUUUAUGCAGACGAAGAGAACGGAUCUAGCUGUAUCUCCGAGAAUCCAUUUGAAAAGGUUUAUGAACCAUGCAUCUUGUCAGUUCAUUGCAACCAGAUGCCUAUCUUUUUCAGUGGCAGAUACUUUAAGUACUCCAGAAAUGUAAGUCAAUCCCGAUGGAUUAUUGAUGAUGAAAGAAUGGGUGAAGCGUCGGUUGAGGAGAUAAUUGGUGGAAGUAUUCUUCCAGCAUGCCUCGGGGAUUCCUACAAGUUCCAUGCUGCUGGCAGAGAAGAUAUUGAUGUACGGAUGUUGGGUUCAGGUAGACCUUUCUUAAUCGAGGUUCAGAACUCCCGCAAAUGUCCAUCUCAGCAAUCGUUGACGGAAAUUGAAGAAAAGAUAAACAACUCAGAGAAAAAACUAGUUGGAGUUAAAGAUCUUAAAUUCAUUGGAAGUGAGUGUUGGGCAAUGAUGCGUGAAGGAGAAGCAGAGAAACAGAAGCAAUAUGCUGCACUUGUAUGGAUUUCUCGUCCACUUGAAGAGGAAGAUUGCAACUCAAUUUCUUCCAUGAUAGAAUUGAAAAUUUUGCAGAAGACACCAAUAAGAGUGCUUCACCGACGAAGUCCACUGGAACGUGAAAGGACUAUACACUGGAUGAAACUUGAAAAGAUAAAAGGAAACACUCACUACUUUCUAUUGCAUCUAUGCACCCAGGCUGGAACAUACAUCAAAGAGUUUGUUCAUGGAGAUCUUGGUCGUACUACUCCCAGCAUGGGAUCAAUUUUAGGUUGCAGGGCGGAGAUAAUACAACUAGAUGUGACUGAUGUGAAAAUGGGCGAUUCUUGAAGGCCCGAGUAACAAUCCACAAGCUCUCAUUUUUUUUGUAGUUUUGAUUCCUAUAAAAUUAUAUAUUUUCCCCAUAAUUUAAUAGUAGUUUUUAUUGAAUUUUGAUCUUUAGAAUAAAGAGUUACUUAGUAAUAACAUUAUAACGUGGAUUCAGUAUGUGAUUCUGUUAGAUCUAAAUUAGUUUUUUUUUAUCAAAAACAUUAUCUUAGUGUAUAAACAUGGUUGUGUUACACAACUUGUGUUAGCUGAACACAGCUCAUGAAGCAUAACUGUAAUUAUCACUGCCGGCUAAAAAAAUUAUACAGUAAGCAGUGGUUCUCUGUCAGUCUCCCUCUCAAGAUGCAAGAAGAAACUGAUCUCUCCAAGUCAAAUUUGGAUGACCAUGAAGCAUCCGCCAUCCUAGCCUUAAACGCAUACUGAUCAUUUGAUUUGCCAAUCUGUUGCAACUUCAAAACUUUACUCAAAAUUAAACUGAAAAAUUCGUAUAUUUUAAAAUUUGUGUUCUUUUACAAUCUUCUGUUGUGGACGUCCUACUCCAUGCCUGGGGUUAACUUGAAUUCGAGCAAUUUUAGGGUUCGUCUGAGUAUAGGUUUCACCUCUAAGGUUAUUAUGUAUACACAUGAUAUCUCGUGGUAACUGACAUUGCCUGGCUUUAACUUCAAUAGGCGACUAAUAUAGCUGAGCAUGUACGACCACACAACAUACUAUUUUCCACCAGCUUGAUCAUUUUGUUAAGAAAGUUUGUUUCGUCUUGUUUUUAUGUGUGUUUGAAGAAUAUCCUAUAUACAUUAUUAUAGCUUCUGUACGUUAUUGUCAACACAAAAUCAUUUCUCUUAUAUACAUAGAUACAAAAUGUCAAGAAAAUAUGAAAGAUAAAUGCUAUUACUAAAAGUCUGUAAGAAUCAGAUUUUAUUUGCAGAAAAGUUAACAUCUAGAGACUAGAGUUGGUAAAGUGCUAGAAAAAGGUAAGAAGAGUAUGAGUGUUGAUUGACGUGAACCUUACAAUCCACCCAUGUAUUAAACUUGCAAACGGGAGUGCCGUCAUGAAAAUUUGUAAUCAAGUGUCUCUCAUAUUGGAGAGCUCCAUGCAAACCCAUUGUCCAAAAUUAGCAUUCGACUAUGUAUAAAAAAUAUUAUGUUUUGAUUUGAGAAUAUGUUUAGCUUAUCGUAAUUAAUGGGAAAGCUUAGUUUUUUCGCACAUUUUUUGUUAGGACAUCUCAAACAUCACUUUAUUUUCUUCUCUAAAAUAAAGUUUAGAGUAAAAAGUAAAAAUACUCAAAUAGUUCUCUAUUUUCUACUCUAUAAUAGUGUAAAUUUAUUUUUUACUCUAUGUAUAUAGUAAUUUUUUUAUUUUUUGUUCAUCACUUUAUUUUUUACGGUAAAAUAGAAUACCAUUAAAGUAACAUUCAUAUUCUAUUUUAGAGAAAAAAAUAGAGUAAACCAUUAGAGAUGGUUUUAAGUAGUUCAUUCAGAACACUGAAAGCCAAAGUGUGGAUAUUUUCAAUACCCUCGAGCAAACCAAAAAUAUCACUUUAUACUAUAUCUCUAUAAACUUGGACUCUUGGACCAAUUAAACCCAAAAUAUCCGUCUACUAACCAGCAAUGCAAUUAUCAUCAAAACAUGAUAGGUUGAUGAAUACUCAAAAAAUAUAAAUUUAUAUGUAUGACUUGCGUGUUUUGUCUAGGGAUGAUAUGAUAAAUGCAUAACUAUGAUCAAACAACAAAUCUUAUCGUAAAAGCAUGAAAAUUAUUAAUUGUUUUCAACUCAUGAUAAACUAAAAGUAAGCAAGCUAUAACUUGUAUUGUAUAUAUAUAGGUCAGAAAUUAUACCAAAUGUUUUAACAUGUUUA